UUUGCUUCUGCGGCCAUCGCUGGAUCGCAGCCGCCAAAAUGAAGUUCAAUCCCUUCGUGCCUUCUGACCGAAGCAAGAACCGCAAACGGCAUUUCAGUGCACCUUCUCACAUUCGGAGGAAGAUCAUGUCUUCCCCUCUUUCCAAAGAGCUGAGACAGAAGUACAAUGUUCCAUCUAUGCCCAUUCAAAAGGAUGAUGAAGUUCAGGUUGUCCGAGGACACUACAAAGGUCAGCAGAUUGGCAAAGUGGUCCAGGUGUACAGGAAGAAAUAUGUCAUCUACAUUGAACGAGUACAGCGAGAAAAGGCUAAUGGCACAACUGUCCAUGUGGGCAUCCACCCCAGCAAGGUGGUGAUCACCUGGCUAAAGCUGGACAAAGACCGCAAGAAGAUCCUGGAAAGGAAAGCCAAGUCUCGACAAUAGGAAAGGAGAAGGACA